GUUCUGCUUUUGCCAUUGAUGGCUGCAUUGAUAAGGGCAGAGGACCCUGUGUGUAAACUACUAGGGGAGCCUGAGCACCCACAGCUGUCGAAGGAUGGAGAUAUCAUGAUUGGAGGCAUUUUCUCCUUUUACAGCAGCUGGGAAGACAGGGAGCUGUCGUACACAGAGGUCCCACAACCACUACAAUGUACCAAUUUAAAUCUUAGAGCAUUCCAGUAUGCCCAGACGAUGAUCUUUGCCAUAGAGGAGAUCAACAACAACACAGAUCUGCUGCCUGGCAUCUCUCUCGGCUACAAGAUUUAUGACUCCUGCGGUUCUGUUGCCACAGCUGUGAGAGCAGGACUUGCCCUGGCUAAUGAGUACCAGGACACAACCUCCGCUGCACCCUGUUCUAGAACAGCUACAGUUCAGGCAAUCAUUGGGGAGACCUCCUCCUCACCCACUGUCGCCAUAUCAACAUCCAUCGGACCUUUUCACAUACCAGUGAUCAGUCACUUUGCUACCUGUGCAUGUCUCAGUGACAAAAUCAAAUAUCCAUCAUUUCUCAGAACAAUUCCCAGUGACUAUUACCAGAGCAAAGCACUAGCCCAGCUGGUGAAGCACUUUGGCUGGACCUGGGUUGGGGCAAUCAGAACUGAUGAUGAUUACGGAAACAAUGGGAUGGCUGCCUUUCUGAAGGCUGCCCAACAGCAGGGAGUCUGUAUUGAAUAUUCAGAACCUGUUUUCAGAACUUAUUCAAAAGAAAAAUUUCUGAGAUUGAUAGAGAUUAUAAAGAAGUCCACCUCAAAAGUGAUUGUGGCAUUUCUCUCCCACAUGGACAUGGAUGUGCUGCUGCAGGAGUUAGCCCACCACAACGUCACGGGCUACCAGUGGAUCGGCAGCGAAUCCUGGAUCUCUGACUCCUACAUAGCCAAAGUGGAGGGUCAUCAUGUCCUCAGUGGAGCGAUUGGCUUUUCCAUUGCUAAAGCCACGGUGACAGGCCUGAAGGACUUCCUGCUGGAUGUUCUACCGCUCAAUUCAUCUGGCAAUGUUAUUUUCACAAAGUUCUGGGAAACGCUUUUUGGGUGCAAAUUUCCCAGUGAGAAUUCAAACAAUCACAAAGUGUGUACAGGCACUGAGGAUUUGAAUGGGGUUGAUAACACAUAUACUGAUUUAUCUCUGAUGCAAAUCUUUAACAAUGUCUAUAAAGGAGUGUAUGCUGUGGCUCACACACUCCAUGAGAUUUCCAACUGCAGCAAUGCCAAUGUGUCCAAUGGAGAAACAUGUGUCAAGGAGCUACCAGAGCCACAGAAGUUUCUGCAGCAUUUGAAAAAGGUGCGCUUCAAAACCAAGGAAGGCGAAGAGGUUUAUUUUGAUGAAAAUGGAGACCCUGCAGCAAAGUAUGAGUUAGUGAACUGGCAGGAGAACAGCAAGGGCCAGACUGAGUUUGUCACAGUUGGACUCUAUGAUGCUUCUUUACCCGAAGAGGAACACUUAACCCUGAACAAUGUGUCCAUUGUGUGGGCACACAAGGGCCAACAGGUUCCUGUGUCAGUGUGCAGCGAGAGCUGUCCCCCAGGAACAAGGAAGGCAGAGCAGAGAGGGAGGCCCGUCUGCUGCUAUGACUGUGUGCUCUGCGCUGAGGGAGAAAUCAGCAAUACCACAGACUCUACCGUGUGUGUGAAGUGUCCUUCAGACUACUGGUCAAACAAAAACAGAGAUGAAUGCAUUCUGAAGGAAACAGAAUAUUUGUCCUAUGAGGAAAUCAUGGGAAUAUUGCUCACAGCCAUCUCAUUACUUGGAACUUGCAUAACCACUAUUGUGGUAAUUAUUUUCUUCAGAUACAGAAAGACCCCUAUUGUGAAAGCCAACAACUCUGAGCUGAGCUUCCUGCUGCUCUUUGCAUUGAAACUGUGUUUCCUUUGCUCUCUCACCUUCAUUGGUCAGCCCUCUGAGUGGUCCUGUAUGCUGCGCCACACAGCGUUUGGGAUCACCUUUGUCCUCUGCAUCUCUUGUGUUCUGGGCAAAACAAUAGUGGUGUUAAUGGCCUUCAGGGCUACACUUCCAGGCAGUAAUGUCAUGAAGUGGUUUGGGCCUCUGCAGCAGAGACUCAGUGUUUUUGCUUUCACUCUCAUUCAGGUCCUUAUUUGUAUCCUUUGGUUAACAAUAUCCCCUCCUUUCCCCCACAAGAAUAUGAAGCACUACAAAGAAAAGAUCAUUCUGGAGUGUGAUGUAGGAUCAGCAGUGGGGUUCUGGGCUGUGCUGGGUUAUAUUGGUCUCCUCUCUGUCCUGUGCUUUGUGCUGGCUUUUCUGGCUCGUAAGCUGCCUGAUAACUUCAAUGAAGCCAAAUUCAUCACAUUCAGUAUGCUCAUAUUCUGUGCAGUAUGGAUCACCUUUAUACCAGCUUAUGUCAGUUCACCUGGAAAGUUCACUGUAGCUGUGGAAAUAUUUGCCAUUUUAGCCUCCAGUUUUGGCUUACUGUUCUGUAUUUUUCUUCCAAAAUGUUACAUUAUUUUACUGAAACCAGAGAAAAACAACAAAAAGAAUUUAAUGGGUAAAAUGCCAUCAAAAUCUCUGUGA